AGGCGCCAGCCUGCGUGUCUGAGUGGCUGUGCCCGGGUUUCUCCGCUUUAGUCGAACUUUCCUGAGUUUUAACGGAGGAUUAAAGCUCGACUUCCGGCGGCGCAACUGAGCGUCGGUGAGCAGCGAUAUUGCGGAUAUUCCCGCGUGUUCUUGGCCGCGCUCGGCGGCUCUGUGGCGGGUUAAACAGCCCGGUGGCCUGAUGGUGUGUUCGGCGGAGCUCCGCGCCUGAUUGGCCCAAUGUUUGUGUGGGCGGUGAUCAGGACGGCGGCCUGCGAGGGACACAGGCUGAUAAAACCCACCGCUCCCUCUGUGCGGCCGCUUAAACGCAGCCUUCCUCUUCUUACAGCGUUUCUGACGAGAAGGCUCAGUGUGUCCACCAGGAUGCCAGAGAUUAAGACAGAUAAACUGGACCAAAAGCAGGUCCAGCUGCUCUCUGAGAUGUGCAUUCUGAUAAAUGAGGAUGACAAGAGGACGGGAGCCGACACCAAGAAGAACUGUCACCUCAACUCCAACAUCGACAAAGGGCUGCUGCAUCGGGCCUUCAGUGUUUUCCUGUUCAACAGUGAAGAAAAGUUGCUCUUACAACAGAGGUCUGAUGCCAAGAUCACUUUUCCAGGAUGUUUCACCAAUACCUGCUGCAGUCACCCCCUGUACAAGCCAGAGGAACUGGAGGAGCAGGGAGCUAUCGGAGUCAGACGGGCUGCACAGAGAAGGCUAGAGGCUGAGCUUGGCAUUCCUAUGAACCAGGUGCCUCCAGAGGAGAUGACCUAUCUGACCCGCAUCCACUACAAGGCCCAGUCGGACGGGGUGUGGGGUGAGCACGAAAUCGACUAUAUCCUAUUUAUGCAGAAGGACGUGGAACUGCAGCCGGACCCAAAUGAGGUGAAGAGCCACCGCUACGUCUCCAAAGAGGAGCUGAAGGAGCUGCUGGAGAAGGCCAAGAGGAGCGAGGUGCUGAUCACGCCGUGGUUCAGUCUCAUCGCAGACACUUUCCUCUUCAAGUGGUGGGACAACCUUCAAAACCUCAAACAGUUCAUGGAUCACGAUCGCAUCCAUCGCAUGUGAUCGCCACUCCGGACUCUCACAGCACAAGCUUCAGAGAUUCACUCCUAGAGAGCACAGGUGCAUUUUAUCAACCAGCGCACACUUGAAUAGACUAAGAGGCUUGUUAUUUAAACGUGAGUGGGAGAGAACACAAAGCAUGCUGACUGUCAUAGCUUCUAUGUAAGAACGAUACUAUACUGCCUCUCAGCAAUUGGCCUACCUAAUUUAGCUCAUCACAUCUCAGAAGUUACCUGAAGUGUUUUAUUCAUUGGUUAGAAAGGAAAGCCUGACACGUUGGCCAACAAUGAUUCUUAGUCAUUACUUUUUAAGGACUUCAUCUGAUCUAUCUAAGUGCGAGACUUCUCAUGAAGAGGUGAUAAGGUCUUACAUUAUUUGAUUUAGAGCAUUUAUAGUUUCUAUUUCAGUCUGUUUAAGCAUAGCAUUUGAUGACAGUAGCUAAUCUUCACUAGCAGCUGAAUGAAUCCUGUGCCUGUUUUCAGUGUGGAGACCCUGCAUUUGCAAGGAAUGUUCUGUAGUGAACUCUGCUAUUAUGGUUUACUAUGAAUUGUAUAUUGAUGUAAAAUUUUGUAGAUGAAUAAAUGUAUUGCAUAACUUUUA